AUGAAUUAAUUGAAAGACACAAUAUAGGAAUAUAUGAAUAAAAAUGUUAAGCCAAUUUUUGAUUAACUAUUAGCUUAAUUGCUGCUUGCUAGACCUGAUGAUAUUGUGAGUUGGUGUAUUAAUUGGCUUUAACAAUUAUGUAAAGAAUAUAUGAUUUUAAGAAUCGACACCCUCUAAAGCAAAACACUCGGAAGCAUAGCAUUAUCAAAGUGAAGAAGAAGAGGAUGAAGAGGAUGAGGUUUUACCUAUUUAAAAAGAAACAAAAAAAACAAAUAGAACAGGAGUUUCAGCUGAAGUCUAUGGGUAAUUUAACAAAAAAGAGGAUUUCAAGCCAAGAGUCAUUGAAAAAAAUAAAGAUUAAAUUGACAGAAUUAGGAAAAAGAUUCUAAAUUCAUUCCUUUUUUAAGCAUUAGAUGAAUUAAAUCUACAUACCGUUAUUGAUGCAAUGGAAGAGAAAAAAUUUUAGUAAUUCAUUUUAUUUUUCACAAUUUGUUAGGCCUGGCGAUUAUGUCAUUCGUCAAGGAGAUGAUGGAAAUGAAUUGUAUGUGAUUGAUGAAGGUGAAUUAGAAUGUACAAAGAAAUUCCCCAAUCAACCUCAAGAAAAAUUCUUAAAAAAGUAUUUGCCAGGAGAAUCCUUUGGUGAACUUGCUUUAUUGUAUAAUGUACCUCGUGCUGCAACUAUUAAAGCAAUUUAACCUGUAAUAGCUUUUGCUUUAGAUAGAGCAACUUUUAACAAUAUUGUGAAAGAUGCAGCUAUCAAAAAGAGAGAAUAGAUGGAACAGAUCUUAAACAAAAUUGAACUCUUGUAGUCAAUGGACACUUAUGAGAGGUUAUAGUUCUGUGAUGUUUUGAGAGAAAUCAAAUAUCUAAGAGGAGACAAAGUUAUUAAAUAGGUUAAAAUGAUAUUUAAUUUCUUAGGGAGAGUAAGGAGAUACAAUUUACUUGAUUGCUGAAGGAGAAUUGGAAGCAUACAAAGAUGGUUAAGUAGAAAAGGUUUAUGCCUACAAAUCAGGUGACUAUUUUGGAGAGUUAGCAUUGUUAAAAAACACACCUAGAUAGGCAACCAUUAUAGCAAUAGUACUUAUGCAUUUAUACAAUUUAUAGUCAGAUUGUACUUUAUACUAUUGUGAUUUUAAAUCAUUUACAAGAAUGAUGGGUCCUUUGGAGUAAAUUCUAAGAAGAAAUGUGGAAAGAUACGAGCAUUAUCUUAAAUGAAUGUUAUAUUUA